UCUCUAUUUCACGUGCAAAGCACUGUCCAUUUUGUGUCUUGAGGCCUUUAAAAGCUCAAAAACACUUCUCAAUAGCAUGCAACUUGCUAUUUUCCAUCUCCAUCUUCUUCAUCUUGUUCUUCUUUCAGGGCACCCACAUCAAAAUUUUGUGCAUGUGUUUAUCUGAGGGAGAGAGAGGCAUGGCUCUAGAAGCAGUAGUGUAUCCCCAACCCCAGGAUCCGUUUGGCUGUGCAAUCAAAGACCUAUACAGCUACAACAACAUGUUAGAAGCUGCUGCAGCAAACUGGGGUUAUGGAGAUUUCACCCUUGAAAAAGAAGACCAAGCUUCUGUCACUUUUCUUGACAACCAAACAGAGAAUUACUCCCAUGGAGAAUGGAACUCUUCUCCUCCCUCUUUGUUGCCUCACACCAUGAAUGCAUCAAAUCCUCCUUCUUCAGAAACCAGCAACACGCAGAACAACUUAGAUACUUCAGUUUCCACCCCAGCUCGCCCCAAACGGCGCAGAACCAAAAGCAGGAAGAAUAAGGAAGAGAUUGAGAACCAGAGAAUGACCCACAUUGCUGUAGAACGCAACAGAAGGAAGCAGAUGAACGAGUACCUCUCUGUUCUUCGCGCUCUAAUGCCUGAAUCUUACGUCCAAAGGGGUGAUCAAGCAUCUAUUAUUGGGGGUGCUAUAAACUUUGUGAAGGAGCUUGAGCAGAGGCUGCAAUUUCUUGGUGCUCAGAAAGAGAAAGAGGGGAAACCUGAUGUACCAUUUUCUGAGUUUUUCUCAUUUCCUCAGUACUCAACAAGUGCCAGUGGUGGCUGUGAUAACUCUGCAGCCAUGAGCGACCAAAAGGGCGAGGUUCAGUCUGGCAUUGCUGACAUAGAAGUGACAAUGGUAGAGAGCCAUGCAAAUCUCAAAAUAAGAUCCAAGAAACGACCAAAGCAGCUCUUGAAAAUAGUAUCUAGUUUGCAUGGCAUGCGUCUCACAAUCUUGCACCUAAACGUUACCACAACUGGGGAAAUCGUCCUCUAUUCUCUCAACGUCAAGGUUGAAGAAGAUUGCAAGCUUGGAUCAGUGGACGAGAUAGCUGCAUCUGUAUACGAAAUGCUGAACAGAAUCCAACAAGAGUGAAAGGGUGAAUUAAGAUCUGAAGUUGAGCUAAUUUAGCCCAAUUUUUUUUAACCUGAUAAAGACCUUAUCAUAUUUGUUUCUUCUUUGCUUUAUUUUUUGUUUUGUUUUGAAGUUGUAUCUAAUUAUUGCAACGGCUGUUCAACUGUUGUUAAGCUACUGAAGCACCUUGAUCGAUGUGGGGUCCUUGGAGGAAGUUUUUGGUUUAUUCCUUCUCACAUUGUAGCUACUUCUAUUUUUUGAUCCUUUUCUCUGUACUUUGGGUGGGGAAGAUCGUAGUGUAUUCUGCUUCAGACACAUUUAAGUGCUCAGUCAAUUCAACUACCUUGCUUUAAUA